GCAUCAGGGUCCCGGACACCCAGGAUCUGCAGAGAGGACCAGACACCCCUGAUUGCAGAAAUGUGCUCCCUCCCCAUGGCAAGAUACUACACAAUGAAAGAUGCAGAUCAGAAGGCUCUGUACGUGAGAGAUGGCCAGCUCCUGGUGGGAGAUCCUGUUGCAGACAACUGCUGUGCAGAGAAGAUCUGCGUACUUCCCAACAGAGGCCUGGACCGCAAGAAGGCCCCCAUCCUCCUCGGGAUCCAGGGAGGGAGUCGCUGCCUGGCAUGUGUGGAGACGGGAGACGGGCCUUCCCUGCAGCUGGAGGAUGUGAACAUUGAGGACCUCUACAAAGGUGGCGAAGAGACCACACGCUUCACCUUCUUCCAGAGCAGCUCGGGCUCCGCCUUCAGGCUUGAGGCAGCUGCCUGGCCUGGCUGGUUCCUCUGUGGUCCAGCCGAGCCCCAGCAGCCGGUACGGCUUGCCAAGGAGAGUGAGCCCUCGGCCUGCACCGAGUUCUACUUCGAACAGAGCCGGUAGGGAGGCGGGAGGCUGAGUUCCAGCCUGGUGCCCACA